CCGAAGUAUCGUUACAUCCUUGGUCUCUCUUUCGAAACGUACCGGCGGGUUUUCUAGGGUUUUCAAUUUCUUGACCGUUUUCCCGGCGCAAAUACGAAAUUUUGCUCAAGUGUGUCUCUUGAAGAUCUGGUAAGAGCUGCAUUUCUGAGUAGCUUAAUUUUUGUUUUGAUGUUUAGUGUUCUCUAUAAAACAUUUCUCCAUGGGAGACACUCCGUCGCAGCUUCGUAUACCCACAAACUGCUUUUUCUUCCAAACCCAUCAUCAUUGAUAUCUUUCAAGUUUAUCUCGAGCGCUGGGAAUCAAUACUCCUUUGCUGUUUCAUACCUCAUAAAUUCAUGUGGGUUAUCUCCAGAAUCUGCUUUAAAGGCCUCCAAACAUGUCCGAUUUGAAUCCCCAGAGAAACCUGACGCGGUCAUUGCUUUUCUCAACAACCAUGGUUUCUCUAAAACCCAAAUCUCAGAAGUCGUCAAAAAAUAUCCGAUAUUGCUUGCAUCUGAUCCUGAGAAAACCCUCUUACCCAAAUUUGAAUUUUGUGAGUCUAAAGGGGUUUCGAGACCGCUUCUUGUCAAAAUUAUAUGUUUUCUCCCAUCCAUUUUACAUAGGAGCAUAGAGAGCCAAUGGAUUCCUGCUUUUGAAAUCUUGAACGAUCUCCUAAAAUCAGAUGCGAAGACCCUUUUGGCCAUUAUCCGCUAUCCUGGCGUUCUAGCUCAUGGUCCUAAAACUUUUCUUAGACCCAACAUUAAUGUAUUGAAAGAAAAUGGAGUACCAGAAUCAAAUAUCGCCACCAUCGUAUAUCAUCAUCCUCGGAUUUUUUUUACUAAACCAGAUCAGUUUAGGGAGACUGUGGAGGAGGUGAAGAGAAUGGGGUUGGAACCUCGUAUGUUUGCAUUUGUUGCGGCUGUACGUGUACUGAGGGCAAUGAGCAAAUUGACAUGGAAAAAGAAGAUUGAUGUUUAUAAAAAAUGUGGCUGGUCUGAAGAACGUAUUGUGAUGGCAUUUAGGACUAACCCAUUUCUUAUGAUGCUGUCUGAGAAUAAGAUUAUGGGGAUGAUGGAUUAUUUCGUCAAUGUAAUGGGAUUAGAGUCAUCCUUCAUUUCUGAACGCCCAGGACUUCUUGUAUACAGCUUGAAGAAGCGAGUUGUUCCGAGGGGCUCAGUUGCUCAAGUUUUGUUGUCAAAGGGUCUGGUUAAGGCCAGUUGCUUGAGUAUAUUGAUUGGAUCUCGGGAAAAUGUAUUCCUUGAAAAGUUUGUGUACCGUUAUCAAGAAGAAGCUCCUCAGCUGUUAAAGAUUUACACAGACAAAUUGGACUUUUCAAGGCAGCUUGGAAAUGAGUAGGAUUUGGCAUUUGAAGGAGGCGAACAUUAUGAUUCACAUUUUUCACUUGGUGAGUUUUGUUGAAGUUGAAAAUGGGUUCAAGGCAACAACUUGUAUUGUUUACCUCCUCCAUCCUUCCAAUCAAAGCACUCGGAUACUCAUGAGAUUUCCACAUAAAUUCAACUCAAACAACUUGAAGAGUUAUUGUCUAUUCUGCUGCGAUUCAUGGUUUUGAUGAAGCGUUUCUCUUCAAGAACUGGUAAGCUUCCUUUCUCAGUAGCUUAAUUUUGGUUAUUUGAUGUUUAAUUUUCUCUGUAAAACAAUUCUCCAUGGGGGAGACACUAUUUAGAGCUCCGUACGCACAAAUUAAUUUUUUUUUUCUAAACCCACCAUCAUUGAUAUCUCUCAAGUUUUUCUCUAGCACUGCAAAUGCGCUCUCAUUUGCUGUUUCGUACCUCAUAAACUCAUGUGGAUUAUCUCCAGAAUCUGCUUUAAAGGCCUCCAAACAUGUCCUGUUUCAAUUCCCAGGGAAACCUGACUCAGUUAUUGCUUUUCCCAAGAAGACAAGGACCAUGGCUUCUCUGAAACCCAAAUCUCAGAAGUUGUGGGGCAAUGUCCAAGGAUGCUUGUAUUUGAUCCUGUGAAAACCUUAUCAAAUUUGAAUUUUUGAAGUCUAAAGGUGUUUCAAACCCAGAACUUUUGCAAAUUUUAUAUGUUCUCGCCCCUCCAUUUUAUCAAGGAGCUUAGAGAAGCAGUUGAUUCCUACUUUUGAAAUCUUGAAGGGUGCGCUCAAAUCAGAUGCGAAUACCAUUUUAGCCAUCAAGCGCAAUUUGAAUAUUCUUCUAGUUCAUAAUAUUAAAACUUACCUUAGACCCAAUAUCAGUACACACUGAGAAAAUAGAGUGCCAGAAUCAAACGUUCCUACCACCAUCCUAUAUCAACAUCCUAGAACUUUUUUGAUUGCAUCAGAUCGCUUUAGGAAGAUUGUGGAGGAUGUGAAGGGAAUUGGGAUUGAAUCCUUUGAUGGUCACAUUUGUCUCAGCUGUGCAUGGCGUUGAGGGUGGUGAACAAAUUGACAUGGGGAUGAUGUGAUAUUACUUCAAAGUGAUGGGAUUAGGUUCCUCCCUUAUGUCCAAACACCCAGAGCUUCUUUCAUUCAGUUUGAAGAAGAUAAUUGUUCCGAGGGGUUUUGUCGGUCAAUUUUUGUUGUCAAAAGGUCUGGAAAGGGACACUAGCUUGUAUAGAUUGUUUCACCCUCCAUAAAGGAUUUUCCUUGAAAGGUUUGUUGAUCAUUAUGAAAAAGAAGCUCCUCAGUUGUUUAGGCAUCUUUAUACAGAGAAGUUGGACCUUCCAAGGCAGCUGGGAAACUGAGUAGUGUUUUGGCUGGCAUUUGAAGGAUUCAAACAUUGUGAUUCACAUGUUAUUGUCAUUUUACUUGAUACUAUUUUUAGAAUUUGUCCCAGAAAUGCGACUUUACAAGAAGCUUAAAAGAGACGGCAAUGGCGAAAUCGGAGCCUCUUCAUUGUGGACCAUAAAGAAACAGAGUUUCAUUACAGGACAAGUGUAAAUGUGCUUAUCUUUGUUACUAUGAACCCGAUCAAUUUGUUUACUUGACUUCACGAAUCGUUGAGUAUGUAUUUUUAUGGCAAAUGCCUAAUUCAGUUUUGUUGGAAAUGGUAAUCCCCCCUUUUUUUCUUCUUA